AUGCAGUACAGGAGUUACCUUAAACACGUCAAUCAUCAAGGCACUCUGCUCGGUCAGAUGUUGACAAAACGUCUAUCCGUACAAUACGAGUACGGUGACGCACUACCGAGGCAUUGCACUUUGCCUGGCGUCGUCACGGGUUUUAAGGAGCCGUCGAUAUUCAAUCCAGCCCGGAACUUUUACGAGGCGAAAAGUGACAUAGACAAAUCGGAAGUGUUUCAAAUAAUUCGUAAAAUGCCAAAAGGAGCGGUUUUACAUAGCCACGAUACGGCGAUUGUUUCGGAGAAGUUUCUCUUCGAGAAUAUAACGCAUCGAGACAACUUGUACGUUUGCGAUGUAGGGGGCAAAUUAUCGAUGCGUUUCUUCGACAUUCCUGAUGGAGAGUGCGAUUGGAAGUUGCUGAGUGAUUUGCGGCGCGAUCCGAGCGUCGGUCAAAAAUUGGACGAGAGAAUACGCCGCCGAAUGUCGAUGUUCGACAACGAAACGUCGAGCGUUAACUACAGCGAUGGGAAUGCAGCUUGGACGAAGUUCGCUGAUAUAUUUACGUUCAUAACGCCCUUUUUGACGUAUCGACCAGUUUACGAGGAUCAUUAUUAUCAGGGGCUCCAAGAGCUUUACGACGACAAAGUUAUAUAUUUGGAGUUGAGGUCGACGCUGCCUCCGAUUUAUGACCUUGACGGCAGAAGUUACAGUCCUCUGGAGGUCGCCAAAAUUUACAAGAAUGUUACCGACCGUUUCGUCCAGGAUCACCCCAACUUCGUCGGCGUCAAACUCAUCUACGCUCCAAUAAAAACUUCCGAUCCUGUUGAAUUUGACAAAUUUCUCAACGUCGCAAACCAGUUGAAAAAUUGCCUACCCGAUUUUUUCGCCGGCUUCGAUCUCGUCGGACAAGAAGAUCCUGCCACCCCCCUCGUCGUGUGGGUUGACAAAAUUCGCAGCGUUGAUCCUACCAUGAAUUUCUUCUUUCAUGCUGGGGAAACCAAUUGGAAUGGACUCAGCGUUGAUGAUAAUUUGAUCGAUGCUGUUCUUCUCAACUCUAAGAGAAUCGGUCACGGGUACGCAUUGACGAAACAUCCCAAAGUAUUGGAAAUAGUGAAGAAGAAAAACAUCGCAAUCGAAAUAUGCCCGAUAUCGAAUCAAGUUCUGGCGCUGGUGAAAGAUUUGAGGAAUCAUCCAGCAAGCAGUAUGUUUGUCGAUGACGUCCCAGUCGUAGUGUCAAACGACGAUCCAGGCUUAUGGGGUUCCAAAGCGCUGAGCUACGAUUUUUACGAAGCUUUUAUGGGAAUUAUGCCUGCUCAUGCUGACAUCCGUGCUCUGAAGCAAUUAGCCUUGAAUUCAUUGAUUUACAGCAGUCUUAACGAGGAAGAAAAAAAUCGUGCAAUUUCCAUUUGGCAGAAACAAUGGAAUGAAUUUCUAGCUGAUUUGGGCCCCGUCCAUGACUUCAAACAAGCUAUUAUGAUAAUUUCCAAGUUUUUACGUUUUAAUUAG